AUGGAGCCUGAUGAGCAGUGUGGAGUCGAAGAUGGAGUGAUGGUGGGGAGAACUUUAGUUUAUCUAUCUGCAGAGGAGGUAUCUCUAAUUGUGGCCAAUUUCACUCUCCGUCCAAAGAAAAUAAAGCAGGGAAUGGCCGUUGGACUGUUGGACUGUGCCAAGAGGUCGACCACGAGCCCAGGACCUGCAAGAGGAGCGUGGUCAAGCAGAAAAAUGCAUCACAUCGACACUGGGGUUCAACGCCCGAUCAAGCAGCCGCCUCAGAGAAUAGCACCAGCUCGUCGCCAGGAAAUGGAGAAGGCGGUAGGGGAACUUAUUCACCAAGGUCUGGUCGAAAAGUCCAGCAGUCCGUGGGCGUCAGGAGUGGCCCUUGUGAGGAAGAAGGAUGGUUCAAUGCAGUGCUGUGUGGAUUACUGCGCCCUCAAUGACGUGACGGUGAAGGACUCCUACCCCUUGCCAAGAAUCGAUGACACACUGGAUGCGCUGACAGGCGCCAAGUGGUUCUCAACACUCGAUUUAAAGUAUGGGUAUCAUCAGGUGAAGAUGGGUGAGAAAGACAAGGAAAAGACAUCAGUUCAAAGUUAUGCCAUUCGGUCUCAUAAGGAAGUUCAAUAUCUGGGACAUAUAGUAAGUGAAGGCCGAGUACGCACAGACCCAGAGAAGGUGGCGGUGGUGAGAAAUUGGCCAGUGCCAACAUGUAUAAGGGAGCUGCGAAGUUUCCUUGGCCUUUGUACCUACUACCGUCGAUUUGUGAGGAACUUCGCCACGGUUGCAGCACUGUUGCACAAGCUGACUAAGAAGGGACAGAAAAUCCAGAAGGACAACUGGCACGCAUGGCUUAGGAAGCGGGACCAGCACAAUUAUAUCAUCCAGUACAGGCCUGGGCAGAGACAUGGGAAUGCUGACAGUCUGAGCAGAGGACCGUGUGAUUCCAAUUUUCAGCAGUGUUGUAGGAGAGAGGCAGUUCCCAAGAAGUGUAGCCGCACUACGGUGAAGGAGGAUCUAGCCGUUGUUGGGGAAGGCCUUGAGAAGCUGCAGCUGGAAGACCAAGAUCUGAGACGAUCUCUGGAGCAAGUCCUACGAAUAAAAACUACUAGGCGCAGUGGGAUGCUCUUCGGCCGGAGGAUGGACUGCUGCAGCGCCAGUGCACCAAUGGAGAGGGUCACAGUGGAUAUUACAGGACCUCUGCCACUCACUGUAGAUGUGGCCAUGGAUCAGUGGCCAGAAGUUUAUGCCAUCCCUGUUGCCAGGGUGCUGGUGGAUUCGUUCUUCUGCCGGUUUGGUGUAUCCCACGAGUUGCACUCAAACCAGGGCAGAAAUUUUGAGUCAGCUGUGUUCAGCGAGUGUU